AGGCGGGGCGGACGCAGGAGGGGGUGUGUCUGGGGCGGGGCCUGGCAGGUCCCAGAAGGUGGCAAUUUUCGCGGCCAGAGGCUUCCAAGUCCCGGUGGAGAGGUCGGGCUGACCGGGGCUUCGGCCUCCGGCGUCGGGAAAUGGCGGCGGGGGGCAGGAUGGAGGACGGUUCCUUGGAUAUCACCCAGAGUAUUGAAGACGACCCACUUCUGGAUGCCCAGCUUCUCCCACAUCACUCAUUACAAGCUCACUUUAGACCUCGAUUCCAUCCUCUUCCUACGGUCAUCAUAGUGAAUCUUCUGUGGUUUAUUCAUCUUGUGUUUGUUAUUUUAGCAUUUUUAACAGGUGUGCUUUGUUCUUAUCCUAAUCCAAAUGAGGACAAGUGCCCAGGAAAUUACACAAACCCACUGAAAGUUCAGACGGUUAUAAUCCUUGGGAAAGUUAUUUUGUGGAUUCUCCAUUUACUCCUUGAAUGCUACAUCCAGUAUCACCACAGCAAAAUCAGAAACCGAGGCUAUAACUUGAUCUAUCGAUCGACAAGGCAUCUCAAGAGACUUGCGUUAAUGAUACAAUCCUCUGGCAACACAGUGCUUCUCCUCAUACUGUGCAUGCAGCACUCCUUCCCAGAGCCCGGCAGAUUGUAUCUUGACCUCAUUCUGGCCAUCUUGGCCCUGGAACUCAUCUGUUCCCUGAUAUGUCUCCUCAUUUACACAGUGAAAAUCCAGAGAUUUAAUAAAGCUAAACCAGAGCCUGAUAUACUUGAGGAAGAAAAAAUAUAUGCUUACCCCAGCAAUAUUACCUCGGAGACUGGAUUCAGGACUAUUUCAGGCCUAGAAGAAAUUGUUGAAAAGCAAGGAGACACCAUUGAAUACCUGAAGCGACACAAUGCGCUGCUGAGUAAGCGGUUGUUGGCUCUCACUUCCUCAGACCUGGAUGGUCAGCCAAGUAGAACGUGAGAGGCUCGCGGUCAUGACAGCAAUUGCAGAGGAACCCAGAGUCGUUCAGACUGCCUGACCACCUGACAGGCUGCCACAGGGAACUGUAGUUUACAGUGUUUGCUGGAAACCUGAAUUUGGUUCUGACUUCUGUGGCUGUUUAAAAUAUAGGGCUUGUAGGUCACUUGAAAAGUACCUGUAGAAGCCUGGGUAACUUGAGGGGAAUGUCUGUUUUGUACUUUUGGAAAUUAUUUAACUGUUUGGUUUAUCCUAGAAUCAGAGGCUAAACAACUCCAUAGUCAACACUUUUCCACCUGACAUUAGAACCCUGUAAUGAUUUCAUUAUGGAUAGGGGAAGUCUAACAAGACAAUCAAUUUUAAAGAGGGUUUUAAUCAAAUAAGUUCUUCCCACUUUUAAGCUGAUGAAAGAAGUCAUUAUUUCUUGUGAAUGUUUUUUCCUGGAGAGCCUUAUCAUGUAUUUUAUAUGCUUAUGUGGUGUUGGAUGACAUCACGGGCCAUGUAGCUUUUAUAGAGAAUUUUCUCACCAUGGGACUGAGGUCUCACCAGAUGAUAUACUAUGCAAACUCCUACAGUUUUCUUUUCUUAAGAAAUAAGGGCCGGGUGUGGCAGAUCACGAGGUCAGGAGAUCAAGACCAUCCUGGCUAACACGGUGAAACCCCAUCUCUACUGAAAAUACAAAAAAA